AUGUUGGCGAGCGGCGGCGGCGGCGGCGGCGGCGCCUCAGGACCCGGACGGGACGCGCUCCCGCCGCCGCCGCCCGCCGCGCCCCGACCGUCCCGCGCGCGCCGGCGCGCGCCCGCCCCGCCCCCGCGCGCGCCCCCGCCCCCGUCCCCGCCCCUUCCGCGGGGGUCGGCGGGGAGCGCGCGCGCCCUGCGGCCAGUUCCCCUGGGCGCCCGAGCCCAGCGGCCCCGCUUCUCGUCGGCUGACCCGCUCCCUGUGGGCACUGUCCCGCCCUCCCCUCGGGGUGGCCACGGGGGACUUCCUCUACUCCUCCUCCUCCUGCUCCUCCUCCUGCUCCCGACUUCCCGCCCGCAGCUCCAGGCGCUCUCACGCCGCCCUCUCUGCCCCACUGGGAACCCCUGCAAGCUGAGAGCGCCCAGGACCCGAUGCCCAGCAUGCCCGCCCCCGCCCCCCCGGGACCCCUGCGAGCCGAGGGCGCCCAGCACCCAGUGGACAACGAGGAGGUCCCUGUUCCCCGGACACGGCGGUUCUCAAACUGGACAGAACUCAUCAGCAUCCUCUAGACGGUCUGCGGUGGCUCCAGAGAUGCGCGAGCCCCACCUGUUCACGCAGACUGAAGGCACAACAUUCAGAAAACUUGUCCAGAAAAGGAUGAGAGGGGGAGAAAAAAGAACACAGAAGGCCUUGUCAAGGGUCACCCCAGGAGGAAGAACAGUUUUUCAAGUUCACCGCAAACAAAAGGCACUGACGACAGCGAUGAAGCUGUCAUCACUGACCUGCUGGAUCCUGUCGCCAAACACCAAGGCCAGCCUGGAAUCAUUACGGACGCACAGAGAAAACAAAUAAGAAAUAGCAACCCAUUUGUUCUCAGCCAAUAAGGCUCUCUUGCAAAUAAGCACGCUUCCCGCCCUCCCACUCCCUGAGAUGAUUUCAAUGACUAGGGUUCAUGCUGCUUGUGAUAAUUGAUAAAAACUCCAGAGUUCCUGCAAGGUUCAUAAUGUUCUCUUUUUCUCUUUUCUAUGACUUCCCAAGAUCAGGGGAGGUGUUGCUGAGAUGGAUGCAUUAAAUUUAUGCUCCCCGGGGUUAAUUUUGAUAACAGCUUCAAGGGACGAAAGCUAACUAAAGAACUAACUCGUAUUUGGUUUAGAUUCUAUGCUUUACUGGGGCUUCCUACUCACAGUGAGAAUUCCCGGAUUAUAAAAACUGAGGAGGGAGGGUUGUUCUGGAAAACCAAUCAUGGACACAGGAAAAAAAAGUCAACUUUAAGAUUCCAAUUAGAAGAUUUUUGAGGGGGAAGGGAUAAAUUAGGAGUUUGGGCUUAACAUAGACACAGUACUAUAUAUGAAACAGAUAAUCAACAAGGACCUACUGAAUAGCAGAGGGGACUCUACUCAAUAAUCUGUAAAAACUUGUAUGGGAAAAGAAUCUGAAAAAGAA